AUGGGUCAAAUGUCAAACGUGCAAGUCAGGGUAUGCACAACGGUGUCCAUUCCAACAUCUCCAGUUGCCACAACAACAAAAGACAUCUUCAAGGAGCACAAUGGUCUUCACCGCUCACUCUCUAGCAAGGACCUUCAUAAUAGAGCCACUGGUAUCCAGAGGUCCUACUCUGAUAACCACCUUUGUUAUUCUGUAAACUGUAUUCAAGCCACAGCAACACAACCAGAACAAAAGAACAGUCGUUCAAUGGGAAUUUUCCCAUUUCAAUUAUCUGGCUCCAUUAUUCCAAAUUCAGUUCGAUCAUUCUUGUUUGACCCGGAGACUAGUAAGGGCAUGAAUGUAGUUGAGAAAGAUAUGAAUAUAGAGGAGAACUCGGUGAAUAGUAGCGAAGGAGAGGAAAGAAAGAGAUUGAAUUGGGUGGAGAGGCUGUUGGAAUUAAGAAGUCAUUGGAGAGAUAGGCAGCAGAAGGAGAGUGUGGAUAAAGAUGAGGCUUGUGAAGGAGAUGACAUUGGUGAUUGUGAUUAUUGGACAGUUGAUUAUAAUGCAGAAGAAGAAGAAGUAUCAGUGAGACAUAAUCGUGAAUCAUUCUCAAGACUUUUGGUCCGAGUACCAUGGUCUGAUACCAAGCUAUUCUCUAAAUUGGCGUUUUUGAGCAACAUGGCUUGUGUGAUACCAGAGAUCGAGGCCAAGGAUUUGAAAAAAUAUUAUGGCCUACAAUUUGUAACAUCGUCACUGGAGAAGAAAGCAGAGGCCGCUGUUAUUAAAACCAAGCUGGAUGAGGACUCCACUAGAGUACCCGAAAUUGCCUCAAUAGAUAUUGAUGCCAGUUCACAGAAAGCUGUGGAUUUUGAGAAGAAAUGUCCCAUCCACCCAUCUGUUGCUUACGAGAUUGCUGCCUCAGCUGCAUCUUAUGUCCAGUUUAGCCCCAAGGGCCUUUUGUGCCCAGGCCCUGAAUCGAAGGAGGGUGAUGGUGAGGCUUCAUUCAAAACCGAAGGCCAACCACAAGAGGAGGGAGAGAGUUCAACCCGAUUAUAUAAGUCAGAGGUGGCCGCUUACAUGGCAGCUUCAACAAUGACUGUAGUGGUUGCUGCUGGAGAGAGGGAAAAGCUGGAGGCAGCAAGGGACCUUCAGUCACUCCAUUCAUCACCUUGUGAAUGGUUUGUCUGUGAUGAUUUAAGCACUUAUACUCGCUGCUUUGUGAUUCAGGGAUCAGACUCUUUAGCAUCUUGGCAAGCAAACCUUUUCUUUGAACCAACUAAAUUUGAGGGUACAGAUGUGCUUGUUCAUAGAGGAAUUUAUGAAGCUGCAAAGGGAAUAUAUGAGCAAUACAUGCCAGAAAUAAUUGAACAUAUGAACAAAUAUGGGGAUCGUGCAAAACUUCAAUUUACUGGCUCUCUUGGGGGAAGUCUCUCUCUUUUAGUCAACUUGAUGCUACUGACCAGAAAGGUUGUCAAGCCCUCCCAUCUACGGCCAGUUGUCACUUUCGGCUCGCCAUUUGUGUUCUGUGGAGGUCAGAACUUGCUUGAUGAGUUGGGUUUGGAUGAGAGCAACAUUCAUUGUGUGAUGAUGCAUAGAGAUAUUGUCCCUAGAGCCUUCUCUUGCAACUACCCUGAUCAUGUUGCCUCACUGUUGAAGCGUUUAAAUGGAUCCUUUCGCUCACAUUCUUGUUUAAUAAAAAAUAAACUAUUAUACUCUCCUUUGGGCAAACUAUUCAUUCUUCAACCUGAUGAGAAGUCAUCACCUGCACAUCCAUUACUCCCACCAGACAGUGCUCUAUAUGUAUUGGAAAAGACCCAGAUUGGGUACUCUACAAGUGCCCUAAGAGCCUUCCUCAAUAGUCCACAUCCACUAGAGACCCUAGGCGAUCCAACAGCCUAUGGUUCAGAAGGUACAAUCUGCAGAGACCAUGACUCAAGCAACUAUCUGAAGGCUGUGAAUGGGGUUUUAAGGCAACGUUCAAAAAUGGUUGUUCGGAAAGUAAGAGAACAGAAGAAUCUGCUGUGGCCGCUUCUUACUUCACCUUCACACACAUGGAACUACGAGAGUGAUUAGAGCAACAGCAGUUUAGCGACCAAGGAGAUAAUGACUGGCGUUUGA